CGCUGAUACGUAUGUAUUAGACUAGAGAUCGACUGAAUACUUGUGUGAUUUAUGUUCGAUAUCAUCACUCGGCUGUCCUGGAAUAGUGUGUCUAAAGGUCCAGAAACAAAGCUAAGAAGAUGAACAUUUCUCCUCGGACAAUCACUGGGGGGUUGCAUCCACUCAACAAAGGGGCGUGUGAUUGGGGAUGGCAAAAUUUGUUUGCAUACGGCUGUCACACUUCAGUGGUUGUUAUAGAAACCAAAGGCAUUCAGAUAAUUCAAACGCUUGAGAAGCACCGUAGUCCGGUGGUUCAAGUUCAGUGGGCCAGAGAGAAUUACCAUCAUACCAUAGAUGCACCUUACACCCUUCGACUAGCAUCAGCUGAUUCCAGUGGACUUAUCAUCAUCUGGGAUGUAUGUGCAGCUACAGAGAGAGCUAGUUUCUCAGACGGCAACAAGCCAGUACAAGAUUUACAAUGGCUCUCUACCCAGGAUGCAUCACACGAUCUGCUUGUGGCGUUACAUCCUCCCUAUAGCAUCGUGCUAUGGAAUGCAGAUACUGGCACUAAAUUAUGGAAGAAGACAUUUACAGAUGUUCUGCAUUGCUUUUCUUUUGAUCCAUUUGAAUCUUCAAACCUUACAUUACUUGGGAACGAUUGCAUUUUGUUCGUCAAUGACUUCAGUGCAGCGAGACCGCCUUCGAGUAAUGGCAAGAAGUUUUACAUCACCACGCCCAGUCCACAGACGACCAAUCAGAUGACAGGAGGUAUGGCAAGUGAUCGUAGAGGGAGCAGCGCGAGCGGAGCGAGAACGGCACUCAAGAGAGUUCGUCUUCUUGUAGGCGACAACAAAGCAAAACAAAGAUCAGUGAAUACCUCAGUGGAUGACCCUGAUAGUCAGGGAGUAAGCGAAUGCCUUCAGUUGUCUUACAUGAGAUCCAGACGCAAUCAUCUACUCCUUUUGUAUGCCAGAGAGAUUUUGGUCCUAGAUCUAGCAAUCUACCAGACUGUAAGUGUAAUUCCAAUGGAAAGAAGUGGCUCGCCGUUCCAGCAAGUCUUUCCGUGUAGGCAACGUGAUGUAUUGAUGUGUUUACAUGACAAUGGGAGUAUAAGUGUGAGAGUCAGAAGGAGACUGGUGACCACAUCUCCGGGAGCACCUACCACACCAUCAGACCAGUAUCACGGGACACCAUCAGGUGGAGAGAUGAUCUUGGAAGGUCAGGAUAUGACUUAUGACUUACGAUGCCAGUCUGACCCUCUACGAGUCACCAAACACAUGCGUACCUUUGGUUUGGCUUGUAGUCCAGUCAGCGAGAGUCACAGCGCCCUCAUGCUGAGCGACGGCCGCAUUCUCUUCUGGUCGCUGAUGACCGUCGAUCACGACGCAUCGUCCACGGGAAACAACCACUCCCAGCUUGUGCUAUCCCCGCUCCAUUCCCCCGGUCAAGCUUUCCCUCUGUCGCUCAACGGGGACUUUGAAUUCUUGCCGCCUCUUCUUGCCUCAAGGCCAACUCAGAUACCUGCCCCAAAGACCUCCAUCGCGGACUUCCUGUGUCCUCCGGACGUAGUUAUCGAUGGGGAUUUCAAACAUGGCCGUCAGGUGUUACUCAAGUUUGUGAUGACUGGUCUCUCGAGUGGGAUAGCCGAUGUUCCAGUAGUGAUCAGGAUGUGUCCGCCUCUGACCACCAAGAAUGUCCACUACUACAAGCCUCUCAUUACCAUAGGUACUUCAACUGGUUUAGUUCAAGUUUACAAUCUUACCACAGGGUCUUUGUACAGAGAAUACAACAUUCACACGACAUCUGUCAGAUGUAUCGAGUGGGUCAGUCUCACAAGUUUCCUGUCAGUGAGCUAUCCAAACCCAUCCAGUAAUGGAAUGGUCCGUAAUGAACUAUUGCUUCUGGACAUGCAGACAGGACGAACCAUACAAAUGAGAGAACACAAAGGAGAUGAACCGCCCAUUGAGGCACUAAAGGUCUCACACCUCAAGCAGUAUCUGAUAGUCUUGUUCAAGGAGAAGCCAUUUGAGAUAUGGGAUUUAAGAACUCUGUGUAUCCUACGAGAGAUGCCCAAGCAUUUCCCUAUCAUUACAGCAUUGGAAUGGUCGCCUUCCCACCAUAAGAAGAAGUCUGCCAAUGUUGAACAUCAAGCCAGCGGCAUGAGUUUAGAUGGAGUUUUGAUGGGGAGUACCAUCAAUCUCGCAGAGAGUAGCAGCGAGAACCGACCAGCAACAACAACAAUCAGAGAACAUUUUGUAUUUGCCGAGAUCAGUGGUGUCCUUCAUCACUUCUGGGUUGAGGGUAGCGUGGUCCACGAGGGCGCCAAACUUCCGUCAGAGAGCAGUCUGACGACAAUCAGCUGUAUUGCUUGGAAGGGCGAGACCCUGGUGAUGGCCGACUCUGAUGGCAACCUUGGGGUGUGGGACCUAAAGGCCAAGAUCUCGAGGAAUUAUCCAACUCAUAAGUCCAACAUCAAGAAGCUUAAAUUUGGUCCUGGAAAAGGGAAUCUGAAGCUGAUGUUUCUCUGGAAUGAUGGUGUGGACAUCUGGGAUUGUAGAGAGAUGCAAGCUCUUAGUUCGCUGAAGGGCGGCAAGGAUGAUCGUAAACCGGUGGACAUGGACUGGGCUGCUUCGGAUAAACCAGUCGUGCUUAGUGUGGAUGGAUGUUUGAGAGUCUACGACGUUCAUCUGAAGACCUCCUGUUGGUCUAUUGCCGAUGCUGAAUUUGUUGAACCAGUAUUCUGCCCUUAUCUGCUGUCCCCCAAGGCAGCCUUAGCCAUGAAAUACACAAUGCAGCAUCAGCCUUGGAACAAGAAUUAUUCUCUUCAACUCACAAGUGAAUAUGAAACCCCUGACGACGAGAACAUCAUCAAGUCUGUGAACGAGCAGCUGAAGAUCAUGCCAAGUGACAUCAGACGUUUCCUCCCAGACUGUCCCCACGGCACGGCUCAGCGCUGCCUGCUGGCUGCAAGACUCUUCGGUGAUGAAGCCGAAGCGGAGUUCUGGAACGUCGCCCUCUAUUAUCUGCGAGUGGAACGUGUCAAGAAGAGUCUUGGAAUGUCUAAAGAUGAUAUCCUCCAGGACGAUCCAUUGACUGAGUUUGGGAUAGAUCCUCCUUAUGAUCCAGCAGCCAACACACAGACGAACGACUCCAUCAAACCAAACCAAGUCACGUUGAGAGAGCUUCCAUUAGACAUGUGUUAUGAUGUGCUCUGUGAUAAUGUCACCUUCAGGAAAUACCAGCUUGAAAGGAUCCUGUUGCAUGAUGGGAAGAGGACAACUUACGAGCAUACAAUGAAAUGUGUAGAGAACUUCAUUCUCUUGGGCCAGACUGACCGAGCUGUGCAGCUGCUCUUGGAGACAGAGCCAGAUAAUGAGAGUUACCUUUUGGAUCUGAUGAGGGCGUGUCUUUGUGCCACCGCUCAGGAAUCAGGGUCAUCGCAAAGCACCAUCAAACUGGUCGCUACCAGCCUCAUAGCUAAUGGAAAACUUGCUGAGGGUGUACAGUUACUGUGCUUAAUCAACAAAGGUAUUGAUGCUUGCAGAUAUCUCCAGACAUAUAACCAGUGGUACCAAGCUAUGUGGUUAGCCAAGGUACGUCUAAGUGACUCUGAGUGUAAUGAGGUCAUGAGAAGGUGGGUUGAGAACCUGUGCAGUCCCAAUGUAAAUCAGAAGAGUAUAGCCUUACUUGGUGUCCUUGCCAUGGGGAAUUUCACAAAGGUCCUUCAAAUGCUACUCAGUUUGCAUUACUAUGACCGUGCAGCCAUGUUUGCCGAGGCGUGUAUAGAGUUUUCAGUACUUCCUGAGGAUGAUGAUACCAAGUCUCUGUUGGAGCGGGUGUUCCUGGAGUAUGCCCGCUAUCUCCUUGCGCUGGGGAACAAGAAAGCCUACGGUCACUACUGCAACAAGGCUGCGGAGAAAGCCGAGAAGGUCAUGCAGGAUAUGGAAUGGAUGGAAUAAAGUCUCUAUAUCUCUAGUCCACCUGCCAUCAUCUAUCGUCCAUAAUUGAAUCCAUAAAAUACUGCAAUGUUGCGAGCGUAAUACAGCUACAUGAAUCAUUACAUAUUGUACAUAAAUCAUACAUAUGGUGCACAAAUUAUUCAUAUUGUUCAUAAAUUUCACUUAACAAUUCAUGUUGCUUUGUAAGAAAGCAUACUAAGUUAUGAAAGUGACAAUGAUAUGCCAUUCUUGUACAACACAUACACAUAAUGAUCUGUCAUCACCUUUCCGUAAUUUGAUUCAUUAAAUACUGUGACAUGUUCACUUUUGUCUCUCCCUCCUUAUUUUUGUGACCCAUUCGACAGGACUUUAAUAUAUCAAUUGUCAUGCACUCACGCUGUCUCUCUGUUAACUCUAGAUCUCUUAAAAUGUAGCCACAUACACAAAUUAAAAUGGAGACCAUUUACUUAGGACACAUCAAACUUUAUUUCUGGGUAACUUACCCUCAAAAUAUAGAUGUUCGGGAGCACAUAACAUGUAGGUCCUCACGCUAGGCCUUGCAAAUCGCGACGGACUACCAUCAUGAAUAGUCCGACGGACAUACGCCCCGUGCGCUGCACCCGUCUCUACUUGCAUGCAUGUUCACAUGAAAUGACUGAAUUUCGUUACAAUACUAUACAUAAAAUCAUGAUAGCUCCCUCAAUGUGAUAAGAUCUGAGUUUUUGUAAGAAAUGCACUCUCUGAUGUGCUUUGGCAGAGAUCACCGAACACUGUUUGCUCCAGGUAAGUUUAUCAUAAAUAAAAGUUCGAGAAAAGUAUCGAUAGUCCGAAACCUGUUCUAUUUCAGUACCUCUAUACUUAAUAGCUCUAUGUGAUAGGGAUUGGAUCCCCUAAAUUCUAACACAAUUUCCUUAGUCUUUGAGGAAUUUAGGAACAGGAAAUUGUUGUCACACCAUUCUUGAAACCUACAAAUAUUCUUUUGGCGAUGAGCUGUCUCGUCUUCAUUUUUAGGCCCAUAAUAAUCAUAUCAUCAGCAGAAUCACGGACAACUCGGACCACGGAACAACUGGAGUGCGGGCCGAGUUGACCCUCCAAUUUUCGUGAUUUUUUUUCUCACAAGUUUGUGUCUAUUUUUUCGUCAUUUCAAAAUUUCUUGGAACGAUUUUCUAGAGAUAUGGUCUGAUGGUAAUGUUCUUCACUUUUUAUUACUUUUUUUUGCUGAAAUGUAAAAAAAGUGGAAUUUUAGGCAUUUUUCCUACAGCUCGCGAUUCCCAUAGGCGCUUGUAUUAGCUGUUUUGGUGCUCGACUCGACCCCGCUCAUCAACUGCCUUGAUUUUGUGAUAAUUUCUCUUCAAGUUACCACCUUUAUCACAGAAGAUGGACUUUCUUGUAUUCCAUUAACUCCAUUUUUUCAUUAAAAAAAAAAAAAUUUGGUGUAUAUGCACAAUUUUGUUUAAAUUUUUUUUCUUUUUUUAACCUUGAUUUUAAAGACCUCAAGAUUGUUUGCUGCUACUCCUGUCCUUUACCUUAAAAUACUAAUAGGCUAAGCUGGUGCAUGGCCAUAGCUAUGUGCACAGACAGUCAAAAGGUCUUGUGUGGUCCUCUCCCCAUCUCGGUGCUCCUCCCAGGCUCUGAAAACACGGGCUUGCAUUGUCCUGGUCUGUCUUCUCUGAUGACGGGUUAGAAGACGCCUGUCCACCAUGCGCACUGUUAGAUCUACGAGCUGUGACUCCUUGAAGAGCAAUGACGACAACUGAUACACACCCAUACUCUUCCCUCCCGCUCUUCUGUUGAGUCUGUGGUUGUAACCUUCAGCGUCGUUGUUGGUCCUGAUAGCCUUUCCAUACGUUGACCAGACUCGCACUGGCCAGGUUGGGUUCGUUAUCCACGUUGACUCUAGGUAGUCAAAGAGCUGGAAAGAUAAAAAAGAAAAUGAAUUAUUGUCAAUAUUAUUAAUAUAAUUGUGUAUUUCUUCUUAUAGUUACAAUGAUUUGCCAUGCAUGUCUUCUAGUAGCUACUAAAUCCAAUCAAACCUUUUCAAAUUUAAUGUCAUCUUCAAUUAAGAAGCGAAUGCAUUUCUAUAUAAUAAAGUCAAGUGAAACUUGAUUCAUUCUUCAAACAUAUAAUUUCAAAUGUUACACCUUCUACCUAACCUAAAAACUUGUUGUUUCGCCCAUUAUCACGAAGAAACAGUAAUGAAAAUAUAAACAAAAAGCAGAUAUUUUUUGUUCAACUCAAUAGCAAUUCUUCUUAAACUUUGAAUAAAAAAAAAACAGGUCAUGAAGUUUGAUAUGCCUGUAUGUAUUCUCAAAAUAUGAUUCAUGGUACCUUACAAUAUUUUCAUCUUAAAGAAGUUGGAAUACAUUUAGUUGUGAUUUAUUACCUCAUCGAUCAAGGGACUGUCGCUCUGAAGCCGAAGUCGUCGGAACUCGGGGACCACUUCUACUGGCAGGAAUGGUAAUGCCAUUAGCUGUUGUAGAAGAAGCCUCUUCUCCUCAUCCCUCGUGUACAUUGGUGCUAGGCCAAGGGCUUGGAUCUUCCGGUAGACGGACUGCUUCCAGUGGAAAUUACUAGACUAGACGUGCCUGUAACAAAACAAAGGUAAGAAUACAUCCAGAUUAAUAAAAAAAUUUGAAUAAUUUGGAAAUAUGUCACUUUAUUUUAACUUUGUUUUUAGUCAUAAAAAUCAUACUGAACAGUUGAUCUUAUAUGUAUUAUAAUGACCUGACAAGAAUUUAUUUCAUUUCAUUUUUCAUUUAUUUUAUUUCAACAUGUUAAACGAACUUUAGCCAAUGGCUGUUCUUCUGCACGUUCGUGCGUACAUAUUAAAAUCACAUUACAUGUAUAUACAAUUAAGAUACAUAAUAUGAAAUAAAUAUACAAUUGAAAUAUCAUCAAUAUUACAAAGAAAAACAAACAGAACAUGCUUUGGUACACGUACAGCCCUUUCAUAAAUAGUUGUAAUUGAAAGAGGAAUUGUUUGGUUAUAGGUGACAAGGAAUUAGAAUAAGUAUACCAUAUUUAGAAUUGCGAUGAAUGUCAUUGAUCAUUACGAAUUCAUUUUCAAAACUUUUACAAUCUGUUUUAUACGUUUUUAAUGUGACGUCCACCCUCAAAACCAAGAAAUGAUAUUCAAGAAAAUAAAUCUGGGAAAACAAGGAAUGGAAAGGGGCACAAUGAAUUAAAUCAUUUUAUUGUAAAUCCUGUAAAAAAAUAAUUAAUCUAAUAAAAAUUAAGCACCCAAAGCCUCAGCCCGGCAUGCCCACACAGCUACACUGCGAAUAUUUUUCACAUUUCAGGGGCAGGAGUGAUAUCGCCCCGAGCCCCCACCCACGUAAAAGUAUUUUUUCUGUGACUCCAACAUCCACACCUCAGUCACACACACAGAGUCAAAGAAAUUGAAGCAUAUUAAUUAUUACAACUUAAAACUAAACUCUUCACCAGGGAAAAUCAAUAUUAAAAAAAAAUUAUAAUAUAUAUAUGCAUUUACUAAAAAUGGCAGAGCCUACAUACACUGCCAAGCUUCAAUCUCUAACCCACUCUCUCACUCAGCCAAGCUCAGCUCUUUGACUGUGCACGCCCACCUCCAUUGGGGAUUCGGGCUGAAUCCCACCCCGCCAGUUUCGGUGGCCGAGCUAAGUAGAAUUGCGGACCGGACCACUCAUCGGUUGUUCGCUACUUACGACCAAAGAGAACAGGUGAAAAGCUUUUACAAAAUCGUGUAUAUACAUCAAAUUCUAUUCUUGUGAUUAAAAAAUGGAGUUAAUGGAAUACAAGAAAGUCCAUCUUCUGCGAUAAAAGUGGUAACUUGAAGAGAAAUGAUCACAACAUCAGUCAGUUGUUGAGCGGGGCCGAGUCGAGCACCAACACAGCUAAUACACGCGCCUAUGGGAAUCGCGAGUGGUAGGAGAAAACGCCUAAAAUUCCACUUUUUUUAAUAUUUCAGCGAAAACAAAGUAAUAGAAAGUAAAGAUCAUUACCAUCAGACCAUAUCUCUAGAAAAUCGUUUCAAGAAAUUUUGAAAUGACGAAAAAAUAGACACAAACUUGUGAAAAAAAAUCACGAAACAGGAGGGACAACUGAUGGGUCAGAUGUGGUUCAGGAUACCAAGAGACAGUUAUUUUUUUCAGUGCCAGGUUGGGUAUCAUCUAGUAAUAGUUUCACAUUAACAACAGUCUUUAUUCCCUUUACAAGGUAUGCGUAGCGCCAUUAUUAAGAAAGUACCACAAAGAUGGACAACCAGUCACAAUGGAAUAAUGUUUAAGUAUUUAUUGAACCAUACGAACGCAACACAAGCUGCCGGCCGGAAGGGGCGAAUACCCUGAUUAACGAUAACAGCAAACUGUAAAACCUAGGCCGCAAGUGGGCGGCAUACAACAUAACGCCAUGGCAUAGGUUUCCUUGUAAAAUCCAAAUGAUAUUCGUUCAUCUUGUUGAUCAGCAGAUAACUUGGUAGAUGUGGAUAGCUUGAAAAACUGUGUAAUUCCCUUGCUUGGAACAGACUUGGGUGUACGAAGUUUGUGUUGCUCACUACUUAUGUGUCGUCGAACAUUUGCGAGGUAACGGUUAGCAUUCAGUGAUAUUGAGUCCUUACAAUGCACACAGAAGGCAUCACUUCCCGGACAAACGUGUGGGGAUUUCCUUUGUGUCAGUGACUGUGAAACUGAACUUCUGGGGUAGUUUGAGAAUCGGUGGUGAUAUUCACUUGGUGGGCUGCACUGUUAAGGUGACGUCUAAUAGGUUUACCCUUCCCAAUUUCAAUCUUGGUCUGGCAGUGCAGACAUCUGAUUUUGGUACUUCUAUGUUCUAUCACAAGCACAGCGUCUGUAGUGGUCUUGCGGAGUUUCGUCUUUAGUGAUUCUUUGAUCUGUACUUCAUAUGUGCUGGGUUUUGUCAUGUCCUCUUCAGAGGAAAGAUCCUGGAAUUCUGGGAAUUCAUCCAGCUUUGUGUUUUCACACUGCACUCCUGGGCCCCGUCUUACAAAGAGUCACGAUUGAUCCGAUCAAUCUCAAGUAUAUGGAAAUCCAUCCAUGGCAUAAUUUUUUUUCUGUAGAAAAUUUGCUCCAUGUCCUUUGAAAACAAACAGAAGCAUACUGAAUUGUCAAGAAAAACAGUAAAUUAAUGAACAUACGUCAUUUCGAGAAAAUAUUUUGAACAAGCAUAUCUUUUAGAUGUUGAUGUUGCUGGCUUUCCAUAGUUGCGAUUGAUUGGAUCGAUCACCACUAUUUGUAAGACGGGCCCCUGAUAUCGUAUGUUCCUGUUCAGCUGUGGCUCUUUUGUCCUGACUGUGUUCGCCUGCUUUUCUUUCACAUCUUUGCUCUAGCUCAUCGCCCUUACUCAUGUCUUCAACCUGCUUUCCACUAGGUUCACUUUCAUAAUCAGCUUCUUGUUCGGAUUUUUUUUGUGUGUUCCCGUUCAUGUGCUUCCCCUUCCUGCUUUCCAUGGUCUACUCUAACUCGCUCUGGGGCUGAUUUUUGGUCAUCGACUUGAAAUCGUUUAGUGUGUGACAUUGUCGGAUGGCCGCAGUAAUCACAGAGUAUGUGUUGUUCAGAAACUACUUCAUAUCCGUCACAGUCGCACUUUUCACAUCUACCGCGCUCAAUCCCACGCUUGUCUUUUCCCAUUCUGAAAUAAGAAACAAAAUAAAACAUUAUUUGGUCACUUCAUUACAUAUUAAGAGUUACAAGUAACAAAAUUAAUAUCUUUGGAUAAAAGAAAGUUAAAAAUGCUUUGAAAUGGAAAAUAUGCACUUAUCAUUGAAUUAAAUACAAUGAAAAUCUAUGUUUAUACUGAUUGAAUUGUGCCAUAAAUGAGAACGGCAUUAAGUGAAACAUAUACACAGCUCAUUACUUCACUCCCCUGUCACAUGUAAAAGCAACAAUCAAUCGACUUCUAUAUGAGUGUCAUUUACCCCAAAUCAUUAAAUCAAUCAACUAUAUACCGGUACAAGGUAUUGUAUGGACACAAUUAACACAUAAUGAACUGUGACAUGUCUAACAGACUAAAAAUUUGUACUGGACAUGUAUUUCAGUCCCAUGCACCUAUACUUCAAAGAGUAUUAUGAUCCAUUUAAUAUAUUUCUAAUAAUCACACUGAAAUUAAUUCACUAUACAAUGAGCUGUAAUAUUUCACCUUAGACCAACAGACUCUGAAUUGUUUUUCAAUUCAUGUAUUUAUAUGAACAAACAAAAUAUAUCAAAAUUCGUCCAAAAAUUUCAAAUUUAUUAUUCAGAGACCAAUUCAAAUGAGCUGGGACCUUUGAUUUCCAAAUUUAAGGUAUUUUUUUUCUAAUGUCAUCCACCAACACACCAAAAAUCUAUAAGUAUCUUAUUAAUUUAACACAUGAAAACCAAUUUAGGAUGGGCAUAAAAGCGGCACGUCCCCGUACCACCAAUAUACGCGAGUGCCCCCCCCCCCACCCCCACUAUCUCCCGUUUGGAAAGAUAGUGCAUCUUUGAUAUCUUUGAAGUUAGCCUUUGUCACGAUUUAACUUUGAAAGUGGAUUUUUCAUCCUAAAUAAAUUCAGGUUAAACUUAAGUUCAAAGACAAUUGUGAUUAUGACUUAUUAAAAAUCUAAAUACCGGGUUGCUUGACCACCCACAUUUCAUAAAUGACCCAAGAACUAGAGAACAGCCAUCAAAUAAAGUU